UAAUGAUUCUUUCCUAACUCCUUGCAAUUCGGACUCGUCGCUUUUGUUUAUUGAAUGUGUGAGCGACACAUUUACCCAACAGAAAAUAGGGCACGAGAAGUCCAUGUCUUCAUAGUUAUGCUGUAAGGGUGUGUUUUUAUUAAGCCAGCUGUCUCAGAACUGCAGGAAAAUGUCCCUUUAUGAUGACCUGGGAGUUGAGACCAGUGAUUCAAAAACUGAAGGCUGGUCCAAAAACUUCAAACUGCUUCAGUCCCAGCUUCAGGUGAAGAAAGCAGCACUCACACAGGCAAAGAGUCAGCGCACAAAGCAGAGUUCUGUCCUCGCCCCAGUGAUUGAUUUGAAGAGAGGCAGCUCCAGUGAUGACAGACAGAUUCAGGAUACUCCUCCACACAUAGCUGCUGGAUUAAAGGACUCUGUGCCAAGUGGAUUCUCAUCAGGAGAGGUGUUGAUCCCCUUAGCUGAUGAAUAUGACCCUAUGUUUCCCAACGACUACGAGAAGGUUGUUAAACGACAUCGAGAGGAGAGGCAGAGACAGAGAGAGCUGGAGAGACAGAAAGAGAUUGAAGAGAGAGAAAAGAGGCGGAAAGACAGACAUGAAGCAACUCCCACUGGAUUCUCCAGGAGGCCUGAUCCUGAAUCUGACGAAGAUGAGGACUUUGAAAGAGAAAGACAGAAAAGAGGUAUGGGAGGAGCAGCAAUCGCACCACCAACAUCCCUGGUUGAAAAGGACAGAGAACUUAUUGCUGCAACGUAUCCAUAUGAAGAAGAGGUCAGGCCUCGUAUUCCCUCUUCUAAAGCGGCAAUUCCUCCUCCGAUGUAUGAUGAACCAGAGAGACCCCGCUCACCACCAGGGCCCACCAAUUCCUUUCUUGCUCACAUGGGAGGCACUGUUGCCCACAAAAUCAUGCAGAAAUAUGGUUUCCGAGAGGGUCAAGGUCUUGGAAAACAUGAACAGGGUCUGAGUACUGCCCUUUCUGUAGAGAAAACGAGCAAGAGAGGAGGAAAGAUCAUCGUCGGGGAUGCUGCAGACAAGUCAGCAGCAGCAAGUCAGCCCAUAGUGCCUGUGAGCGAAAUGAACAUGUGGAAUACAGUGGAUGCAUCUAAAAAAUCAGAUAGUAACCCAUUAACAGAGAUCUUGAAGUUCCCUACAAAAGUUGUGUUACUGAGGAAUAUGGUGGGCAGCGGAGAAGUGGAUGAAGACCUGGAAGGUGAAACCAAGGAGGAAUGUGAAAAAUAUGGCAAAGUUGUGAAAUGUGUUAUUUUCGAGAUUCCUGGAGUAAAUGAUGAUGCAGCUGUGAGAAUAUUCCUAGAAUUUGAAAGGGUGGAGUCUGCCAUAAAAGCUGUCGUUGACUUAAAUGGAAGAUACUUUGGAGGACGUGUUGUCAAAGCAUGUUUCUACAACCUGGAUAAAUUUAGAGUCUUGGACCUUGGUGAACAGAUGUGAUCAACCUCCACUCAGCAGUCUGUUGCUUAUUUUACACCAUGAAGCGAUACAUUUUAUAUGGACUAUCCCAAGCUUGGAAGGAAGUGGUGGAAAAACUUUUAAAGAACUCUAAGUUUAUUGUUUUUAUGGUUAUUUGUUCCACAAAUAUAAGUAAUUAUUACUUUUUUUUAUUUUUGUAGCUUUGAAGUGUAGUGUUGUGAUCAGUUUUUCAAUUUGUUUUUGUUUGUUUUUAUAAAAAGAUGGAGCAAACAUGUGCUGUUUAUCUUGAUUUCGCUUUGUAACACAAAUCUAUCCCAGCUCACAAAGGUGAAAACAUAUUGAACUAUAACAUCUGGUCAUUUAUAAAUAAAAUCCAUUAAAUAUUGUCAAAAAAAUAAACAUUUUUUUUCUUCAUACUUUGUAUAAUACUUUGAUGUUAAGUUUCAAUCUUGCUUUUAUCACACAUGAUGAUAAUGUAAACAUGUAAGUAAAAUGAAUUUUGUUCUUCCUCUUUCUGGAAACCUGUAUUGUUGAAUUGUUUAACAAGUUUGUUACCUGUUGAGUGAUAUCUUUGCUGUGUUUUAUUUAUUUAUUUAACAGCCCCAUUGCCAGGUGUUGGCUUAUCUAAUUAGUUAAACUGACUCACAGUAGUGGAUGAGCCAAUGCCCAUCAGUCUUAAACAUUCAGUAUCCUUGACUUAGUCUAAGGAAAGCCAUAUGACCUCAGUAAUAUUUGCUGAGAUUAAAAUAUAUAUAUUUGUAUUGCUCUAUAACUAUUACAACAUGAUAUGAAGUAUUCCUUAUCAUUUUUGUCCUCUUGUAGUGUUGCAAAGCAAAUGACAACCUUUUCCUUGAGAUAGGGUCAUCACGUUUUACACAUCACAAAUGGUGGAGUAAACAUUUUUUAAGUAUAUCGAGGUUUGUCUGACCUGUUUUAUACCACCCACACAUUGUCUAGUUAUAUAAUAAUUAAAAAAACAAAAAAACAGUUGUGUAUUCCACUUAUGUUAAAUCAGAGAUUUCUGUUUUUUGUGUAUUGGAGCUUUUGUAGUUUAGUAGUAGUGUACUUGUAUUACGAAUGUAAACACAGGCUGUUAAUGUUUUUGGACAAACAAAUAUAUAAAAAUGGCAAGUCA